AUGCCUGCCGCAGAAGCCACUCGUGCCAACCCUUCUAUGGCGAUUACUGAGCCUGAACCCUAUGAGUUAGCUUCUAUGCAAAAGGGCAAACAUGUAAGCGCUCUCCUUCCAAAAGAUUAUUAUGGUCAAGCCAUUGACGAACCUGAUGUGAGCAAUCCCACCCGUUGGAGGUAUGAACGUCCUUUAGAUACCGUCCGUGCAUGGCAAUUCUUAAUCGAAAGUGAUGAAGGCUCUCCCAAAUCCCGUUUGGACUCGGAGCGGAAACAAUAUCAUCCUACCGCUGAAUUGUUUCGUCCUCUCUCUUUCGUUGAUGCUGACCAAAAGUUGUCUAACCGUUUGUCCAGACAUCUUUCUAAAGCUUCUUCUCGUCACUCUAGACUUUAA